ACAAGUUGCCCAAUUAGUGUCAGAAGUCGACACAAAUAGAUUUAGAACUGUCAAAAAUAAUUCAAAAUUUUUCAGUCAGUCUUUAAAAUUUAAACGUGAUCACUUUUCAUGGCGGACGAAGAAACGGACAACGUCGAAACGGUAACGGAAGAAGAACCUCCAUCAGCUGAUGAGCAACCUCCACCAGCCGAAGAGCAACCACCACCAGCUGCAGAAGCUCCAGCUGGGGCUGCUUCUAGUGCUUCACCAACACCCAAGCAAUCAGCGAAAGGUCCUCCAGCUGAAGGAGCUACUGCUCAACCACCACCCCAACCAGCUCCAGCUCCACCACAGAGAACUGCACAAGAUCCCCUCAACACUGAAUUCCUGUACUACAGUGCUGUUUUGAGGAUUUUGGGUCCAACUCUCACCCAUGAAGCAGAUAGAAGGGUUGUCAUACCUUGGGUCAGGAAAUUAUUCAGACCAGAAUAUCAUAGUACGAGGUUGCGAGAAAAAAGGAAUCGUUAUCUAGCAUACUUAUCUACAUCGCUGUUGUUGGAUGAAGCAAUAGGAAUUUUCCGCACUUUCCCUCCAGAAGGUGCUCUGCCCAACUGUUACGAAAUACCGUCAUGCCAAGUUCAAGCAGCAGAAUGGGAAUACGACAAAGCAUGGCAAGAGACUCUAGCUGGUCUUCCAGAUGAUUUCCAGAUGCUAGAGUGUUGUGUACACGCUAGUGUGGCUGAAUGCAAGAACGAUCACAAACUGGAUAAGAUUCUUGAUCAGGAAUUUCAACUAUUCCUAUACAUAGCUAGACCUUACGCUUACCUCAUCAGGAAUGGCAACGAUCGCACUAGAAUAGCAGCAUGGCUCCAGAUGCUGUGCUCUAUUCAUGGAAAGGACAGUUGCUCCAGCAUGAAAGCGAUGAGGAAUGAUUAUAUGAUGGCUUUAUUGGGAUAUCUUCAAGACCUUAGAGCUGUGGGGCCCUUCGCUGACUUACCAAGUUGGAAAACUUUGGUGCCUCUUGCGGAGGCUGCAAAAACUGCUGCAGAAAAUAAACCCAUCAUAGAUCCCACCGGAGCAGAAGCUAACGAAUUUCUUCUGAAUCAACCAGUGCCUGAGGAUGGUGCUUUCUGCUACAUUGCUUUGACUGGAGAUCUCAUUUCUAGUAAUCUGAUUUCUUGAAAAUAUUUUUUGUAACUUCCGCUACAAUUCAAAUGCAAUAAAUAUCGUAAUAUAUGGCCAGCUCAUUAA